AUGACUACUGUUACACCAACCGUUUUAUGGGCACAACGUUCUAACGCAGAAGAAGCGAGCAAGAAUGUGAUUUAUAUGACCAUUGAAGUCCUUGACCCAAUUAAUAUUAAGUUGGACUUAACUUCAACUAGCUUGAAGUUGACCGCUGAUUCACUGGAUAAUGGUACUCACUAUUCAUUAGACUUGGAAUUUUUUGAUGAGAUCGAUACAGAAAACUCCCAUAAGAAUACUGAAUCAGGACAUCAAAUCUAUUUGAUAUUGAGAAAGAAGAACUUGAAGGAAGAGUUUUGGCCAAGAUUGACCAAGGAAAAGUUGAAGUUACACUACAUCAAGACCGAUUUUGACAAGUGGGUUGAUGAAGAUGAACAAGAUGAGCAGCCAGAAGAAGACGACAUGUCUAACAUGAUGAACAUGGGUGGUGGUGCUGGAGGCAUGCCAGGCAUGCCAGGCAUGGGCGGUAUGCCAGGAAUGGGCGGUAUGCCAGGAAUGGGCGGUAUGCCAGGAAUGGGUGACAUGGGUGGAAUGCCAGGAAUGGGUGACAUGGGUGGAAUGCCAGGAAUGGGUGGUGCUGGCGGUGCUGGAGGAAUUGACUUCGCCCAAAUGAUGCAAAGCAUGGGUGGUGCUGGUGGCGAAGGUGGAAAUUUCGACAUCAGUCAAUUAGCCAGUCAAUUAGGCCAAGCUGGUGGAAAUGCAGGUGAAGAUGAGGGUGAAGACGAAGCUGAAGGUGAAGUAGAAGAAGUUAAAUAA